CCAGAUGGAUUCUGUGUGAGGUUUUAUUCUGCCGGGGCAUUGGAAGAAACUUACAGUGACAAUGUUCUACAGUAAAAGUCUGAGCAAAAUGGGCUGUCUUCUUUCCUUUGCAACUUUGAUUUUAUUGAGUGCCAUCACUAAAGGAGGUUCCAGCAAAACAUCAGGAGUAUUCAGUUCCCGAUUAGAAACCAACAUUGCAACUCCUGCACAGAACAACAGCAUUGGCAUCACAGUAAUGCCAGAGGAUGCAACAGUGUGGGCAUCGCCUUUGGCUGAGGAGGAAAAGAAUGCCAAAGGGUCAAAAAACGUGAGGGACUAUGAUGAUGCCGACAAAAGUCAUAGCAGCUCUUCCAGUAUCUCUUCCCCAAAAGUGACCAUUUGGAAUAAAUUGAGACGCAGAGUGACAGUCAGACGAUUGCCUUACUGGGCUAGAACUCAGACAAUAGAUCUAAAUGAAAACUCCAUGGCAACAAUCAAUCAUUCGUCGAUGCUAAUCAAUCACCUCCAGGACCUUCUGUUUAAUUCCAACUCAAGCGACAUCAUGUUGAAAGUCUACACAGGGAACUCAGAUGAAGUGAAAGUGUUCCACACUCAUCAUCUCCUGCUCAUCCUGCAAAGCGAUGUCUUUGAGGACCUCUUGCUGAAUCACACUGUUACUACACUCAUUUUACAGGAAAGUGCCGAAUGUGCUGCUCUUUUUGAGACGUUGCUCAGAUACUUGUACUGUGGCAAAAUAACCAUCCUUUUGAAUCAAGUUGUCCCUCUACAUAAAUUAGCCAGCAAGUACCAUGUCACUGCCCUACAGCAGGGCAUUAUUGAGUAUAUGAGCCAACAACUUGCCAGUGCGUCUCCUCGGGGGCACGUGGUCAGCUGGUACCACUAUUCACUCAGAAUAGGAGACAAAAAUCUGCAGGAAAGGUGCAUGCGGUUUCUGGCUUGGAACAUGUCCACUGUCAUUCACAGCAAGGAGUGGCAAACCAUCAGUGAUGACUUGAUGAUCUCAUUGCUUCAACGCUCUGACCUGGUUGUGGAAAACGAACUGGAGAUUUACUAUGGAGUUGAAGAGUGGAUUAAGAAAAACCAGCCUGAUAUUCUGGUGGCAGAAACUGUUCUCAAAUUAAUUCGUUACAUCAUGAUCAGCCCCCAAAGCCUGUUCCAAAUACAGAAACAGUCCUCCGUCAUGAAUGAACAUUACAGUUCAAUCCACAACUUGUUUUUCCUUGCUUUCCAGUUUCAUUCUACUAGUCCCCUGGUGUUUGCCAAAUAUUUUAAUGUCAAUUGUAGCCUAUUUAUACCAAGAAACUAUUUGUCAAGUUCCUGGGGUUCUCAAUGGGUGAUCAAUAACCCAGCUCGAGAUGAUCGCAGCACAAGCUUCCAAACUCAGCUGGCACCUAGUAAUUAUGAUGCGAGCAAAAAGGUGACCUGGAAUGCUCUGUUUUCACCAAGAUGGCUGCCAGUCAGCCUGAGGCCUUCUUACUCUUAUUCAAGCUAUGGAGCUGUCCAGGCAUUCAACCCUGAAGAAAGUAGGCCGAGGAUAAUAAUCACUCCAGCUACGAACAGUGUUAGUUUUGCAGGAGUCACUUUUCAGAAAACAAUCCUGGUAAGAGUGAAGAAGGAUGGCAGGUCAUAUGUGAAACACAUAUAUGAUUUUCAUCAAAGUACUGAGGAAACAGGUGACUUUCUCCUCCAGGCUGACUUCCAGAAACAUUCCUCAGAAUACCUGAUUGAUAACUCCCUACACCUUCAUAUUAUCAUUAAGCCAAUUUACCAAUCAUUGAUUAAAGCCAUAAAAUGAAUCAGUUCUCUGCAAUAGUAUGUCCAAGACAUAGAUCAUGUCUAGUGCAUGUAACAAAGUACAAACUCGUCCUACAAGAAGGGAAUUCCAUGUUUUGUGAACUGCUGUCUUAAUGUGCAAAGCUCUAUUUCACACUGAUUACUGACAUUCCAAGUUUUCCAGAUUGAUUUUUUACAUAUUUAACAUUGAUAUAAAAUCCUAGUGGCUCAUUUUUUUUAGCAACUUAUUGGUUCACAAUCAAAUCUGGGACAUAAUUUAUUAUAUAGUGUAACAAGGUGAGGAUGGUUCAAAUGGCUGCAAAUUUUCCCAUCUCUUCAGUUGAACAUGCAAAUAUUUAAAGUUCCUUUUAGCCAGCAGCUAUACAUCUCUCCAACUAAAAUGUAGUUAAUCUGUUUUACUGUAGCAGUAAGGAGCCAAACACAAGGUUUUUUUGAGUGAAAGAAAGAGGAAUUUUAUUACUUGCUUGACCUGAUUAAAAACUAAAAGACAGACAUCAAGAACAUACACAUAGAUACAAAGCUAAAGGAAGGAGUUCAGUACAAAAAAACAUACAAUUUUAAAGUCCUUACGAUGUCCUUGUACUAUGAGGUUUUAACCUGAGACCAUAGUUAAUUAGUAGUAAUUCUGGAAUAACAACAGUAGUGGAUAUUGCAAUUACCUUUAAGGUCACUAUAUAGAGAUGUUUCUCUCCAAUUUGUGUUUUCACUGAGCAUUUUCCCUCCUGAGAAACAAGAGACAACUUCUCAAAUUUCAGUUCUGCAGUCAUAACUCCAUUUUCACUGCUCUGGCAAAAGCAGUUCCUUGGAUUACAAACCUGUUUUGUAUAUUUUCUCCGUCAAAAGUAUCCUUCUUUAGGUUUGCUAAUUGUGAGUAAGGAUCCAUCUCCAAUAUGUAAAAAUGCCAUUAAAAAAUGUAAGUCAAAAUAGGAGGAGACAUAGGCCUUUUCAAACUGACUUGAUCAACUGGUUUCAUGCCUUUUGAUGAAAUGCUAAUUUUGUUUCAAAUUGUCUAUGUUUAUUUCACCUUGUUUUCAUGAAGCUUGACCGAGCUGUGGUCAGGUGAUUACUGUGGUCAUUUUAAGUCAGUGUUUUUCCCUUUUUAAAACCAUUUCAGUUCAUGAAAGUCCCAAGCAUUAAAAUGAGAUGAUGGAAUUCAGAAGUCAAUGCUCCACAUUUUACCAUCAU